GGGAAAAUGAAUUACUGUCUUCGACAUCAGUGCAAUAACGGUUACGCAGUGUUAGAUGUAAUUAAAUUUCGAUACGAUAACUUUGGAUCAUACAGGUAAUGAACCAUGGAGUUUUAAUUGUCGUCAAUACGUACACAUAACUGUGAAAUUAUGAUUCGAUUUAAUAUUACACAUAUAUACAUGAUCAGAAUAACAUUAUAACUGUUUAGACGUUAGAUAAUUGUUAUUGGCUAAAGUUGUCAUUUUCUUCAGCUAUAGCGCAGUGUCUUCAUUCUCUGGAAUGAAUUAUAAUUCCACAGCUUUUGUUGGAUGUGAUCAUGGCAAGGUAGUUAUCUGCUAUAUGACGCAUUGAAGAUAUUUUUUGAAUGUUCUAUAUCAAUGUUCAAAGAACGUUCACAUUUAUUCGAUUCAAUGUAGUGUUAAAUUAAAUUUUAAGUCCAUGCGCAAUAUAUCCACCUAUAUUGCAUUCCUCUAUAUUCUGUAGUGUUGUGCAUGUUUUGGACCUAAAGGUGGAAGGCAAAACUACUGUGGUCCGAAAUGUACAGCAAUUAACGGUGGAACUGUAAUGAAAAGCGCUUUCGUUUGGUUUUGGGUGCGAACCAGAAUGCCUGAACGUCUGUGGAAAAGAUGUAUGAAGUUUGUGGUGAAAAACUCCGCAGGAAAACUUGAAAAACAUUUCAUUGAUCCACAAACAGGCACCGCACAUAAGGUGGGGAUAUUAUUGAAAGUGAAGAUAACACUAUUGUCAUUAAUGGCAACAGACAGAGUACUACCAGAAGCAGCAGCAACAACAGCAACAACAACAACAACAACAACAACAACGACAACGACAACAAGACUUGUAUCAGUUACAGCAACAUACAGUACAAAAUCAGCAACAACAACAGCAAUAACAACAAUUACAAAUUAAAUAUUUGGUUUGUUUUUAGGGUUCCUGCUCAGGAAAACUUAGAUCAUUUUUAAACGAAGGUGUAAGUAGAAUAUUUCAAGAAAAGAUUUAUAUUACCGGCAGCAGUUAUUCUGAACUUCUAACCCUUUUUCUCUGACAAUACGCCCGACCUCUGCUCAAGCAUUGGAUAUUUCUUAAUUCACUUGAUGUUAUAAAGGACUUAAUUCUAGACAUUGACAGUAUCACAUCGGAUAUUUCUUUGUUUUAGACAUUGACAGUAUCUGACAAGGAAAGUUUUGACAAGAUUCCAGAUGUUCCAGGUCUUCUCUCAUAUCGUAAAGAUGAUAAACAACUUUAUGUCAAUCAAGGAUCAAAGUGGCAAGCAUUGAGUACUGAACAAGAGGUUAGUUUAAAUAUGAGGAAAUAG